UCUUCAAAACCGGGUCACGGAUUCAAUUUCGGGCUGAGUCCGAUUCUUCAGAAUAAUAAAAAAAAAUCCAAACUUUUGUCUACGAAUCGCAAGUGGGUCAUAGAAAAAUCGUAGCUUUUGCUCUCUGCUUUCACGGACACUCUCUGCGACGGCCUCUUCUCGUGUUCGUAGGGUUGUCUCAUUCCACCCACUACCUUCAGCACGAAACAACAGAUGGGUGUGAUUGAUCUUCAUGGCGCUCCAUCGUACACCUGCGCAAAUGUUCGAAAGUCUCGAGCUUUAAGACAAAACAUAACUAGGGUUUGCUGCUUAGAAGAAUCCAAGAACUUAACAAUGGGAGACUCUUUCAUCCGUCCACAUUUGAGGCAACUAGCUGCUUAUCAGCCAAUCUUACCCUUUGAGGUUCUGUCUGCUCAAUUAGGAAGAAAACCUGAGGAUAUUGUAAAGCUAGAUGCUAACGAGAAUCCAUACGGUCCUCCUCCAGAGGUUUUCGAAGCACUAGGCAACAUGAAGUUCCCUUACGUCUAUCCUGACCCUCAAAGUCGCAGGCUUCGUGACGCACUUGCCCAAGACUCUGGUCUUGAGUCUGAGUACAUCCUUGUUGGCUGUGGCGCUGACGAACUCAUCGACCUCAUCAUGAGAUGCGUGUUGGAUCCUGGUGAGAAGAUCAUAGACUGUCCUCCUACUUUCUCAAUGUAUGUCUUUGACGCUGCUGUGAAUGGAGCUGGUGUCAUCAAAGUACCAAGGAACAAUGACUUCACCUUGAACGUGGACCGCAUAGCUGAAGUUGUGGAGCUAGAGAAACCCAAAUGCAUAUUCCUAACUUCCCCCAACAAUCCAGACGGGAGUAUCAUCAGCGAGGAGGAUCUGUUAAAGAUUCUAGACAUGCCAAUACUCGUUGUCCUAGAUGAAGCCUACAUCGAGUUCUCAGGAGUUGAAUCAAGGAUGAAUUGGGUGAAGAAGUACGAGAACCUUAUCGUUCUCCGCACUUUCAGCAAGCGAGCUGGUUUGGCUGGGCUUAGAGUUGGAUAUGGAGCGUUUCCAUUGAGCAUAAUAGAGUACAUGUGGAGAGCAAAGCAGCCUUAUAACGUCUCUGUUGCAGGAGAAGUAGCUGCAUUAGCAGCGCUUUCGAACGGGAAGUACUUAGAAGAUGUGAGAGAUGCUUUGGUGCGCGAAAGAGAGAGACUUUUUAAGCUGUUGAAAGAGGUUCCUUUCUUGAAUCCUUACCCGAGCCAUUCGAACUUUGUUCUCUGUGAGGUUGCUUCUGGGAUGGACGCAAAGAAGCUGAAAGAGGAUUUGGCUAAAAUGGGUGUGAUGGUUCGUCAUUACAACAGUCGAGAGCUUAAAGGUUUUGUCAGAGUUUCUGCUGGGAAGCCUGAACACACUGAUGCUCUCAUGGAUUGCCUUAAGCAGUUUUAUUGACUUUUCUCAUUUGUUUGAAACUCAUUGAAACCUCUCUGUUUUUUUUUUGUUUUCACGUUGUUGGAUAUUUGCAAUAAGUGAAACAUCUCUGGUAGCACUGUAAUUUAUGA